AUUCUGAGCAAUAUAUUUUUUUUACUCUAAUCCCUUAUUAAAUCAUCUCUCUCUUAUCUGUCGUCUCUAGGAAUAAUAAUCUUAAAAAGGGAGAGAAAUGGCAGAUAAUUCGAUUCUAUGUUCUGCUUGUUAUACGAUUCCAAGUCUUUUCUUGCUCUUUUCUUGCCUCUCCGCCCUUUCUCUUUCCGUAAACGACUUGGGUCCAUCAAAUACAUUCACUGUUUCGAGCUUCAGGUACCCUAAAUCUGCAGUCAAGCCUUACGAUUUGCGUUAUAUUCGAGUUGAUUUGCCCCCCUGGUUCUCGUCUUUGUCCAUAGCAGUGGAGUCGGAUGUGGACCUUGAUGCUAAAAGCAUAUCAAAGGUUCCUAAAAGCACACUGCCUAUGAUCUGCUUCAGAGAUGGCAGCCCACCUCUGCCAGAUGUCCUAAACAGUUCUAUUGUAGAAUUAGGUAAAGGUCCUAUCUCAAAUGCAUCAUUUGAAGCACUAACGGGUCCUCAGAAUGUUCAGUGCUAUCCAAUGCAGAAAAAUAUAAAGGUGGAGUUGACAAAUGAACAGAUAUCUCCUGGAGUUUGGUAUCUUGGUCUCUUCAAUGGCAUUGGACCUACAAGGUCGCAAUCAAAAAUGAUUAUCCGCAGCCCAGAGUACUCUUUUAGUGCCAAUGUCAGUGUGGAAGGAUGUACAACCUCAACAAUGUGGGGCCAGUACUGCAAUCAGACAAUUAACUCACUUUCAUGUUCUCUAUUUGACAGCUAUAAUCCUGCAGAAAAUAUUUCUGAUGCUAACUUCCAAGUAAUUGAAAAUAUGGUUCAUUGCAAAAAUUUGGAGACUUCAUGCCAUGGAGAAGGUGAAGUUAAAGUUUAUUUACUGGAGGUUUUGGGAGUUGCGGAACAAUUAACAAUUAUGACAUCAAAUGUUAUUCUUAGUACAACCAUGUCAAAUAACACUUUUAAAGCUAGUGGAACUAAUUUAACUUAUUAUGUACGGCAUGGUGCAGUGCCUUCAAUGGCACUGCAUGACUAUUCUGGUGACAUAAGUAAAGAUCCCCUGGUUAUUCACUCACCAAAGGUUGGACGCUGGUUUAUUGCUAUUGUGCCUGCUCUUUCUAAAGAAAUCAGUGGGAGUCAAAAUAGUAAUCUACAAGUUUGUUAUUCCAUUACAUGGCAAGUGGUCCGUUGUCCAUUGGGGAAGGCUGGAUUGAAUUGUACCUCAGAAAGAUAUGUUCUUGAGACAGUUCUCAGGAGAGAUUCCUCCCCUUUUGAAUCCUAUUAUUUGCCAGUUGGUGGAAAAGUGUUGCCAGAUUCAGCUAAUUUUCCUAUUGAGCCCCUUUCAAGCAAUGCCACAUACGGUGGGGAAUCAAAUAAUCCUUGGACUUACUUUCUUUUGAACAUUCCCCGCGGUGCAGCUGGAGGAAACAUCCAUGUCCGACUAACAUCAGAUACAAAGAUAAAUUAUGAAAUUUAUGCUAGAGUUGGUGGAUCCCCAUCUCUUGACAAUUGGGACUAUUAUUAUGCAAACAGGACAAGAAGCAGUGAUGGUUCUGCAUUUUUCUUGUUGUAUAAUUCAAGUGAAGAAAAAGUUGAUUUUUACAUCCUAUAUGUUCAAGAAGGAACUUGGGCUUUUGGAUUGAGGCAUUUAAAUACCACCAAUAGCCCUUCAAAUGACCAGACUAUCAUGUCUGUUUCAGUUGAGAGAUGCCCAAGAAGAUGCUCCUCUCAUGGGGAGUGCAUAGUAGCUUUGGAUGCCAGUGGAUUGACAUCAUACAGCUUUUGCUCUUGUGAUCGAACUCAUGGAGGUUUUGACUGUAGCAUCGAAAUUGUAUCGCAUCGAGGCCACAUACAGCAAUCAAUUGCUCUUAUUGCAUCAAAUGCUGCAGCUGUGCUUCCUGCAUAUUGGGCUCUUCGGCAAAAGGCUUUUGCAGAAUGGGUGCUGUUCACAUCUAGUGGAAUUUCAAGUGGGUUAUAUCAUGCCUGUGAUGUAGGCACUUGGUGUGCAUUAUCAUUUAGUGUCUUACAGUUCAUGGACUUUUGGCUUUCAUUCAUGGCUGUGGUGAGCACCUUUGUAUACUUAACUACCAUUGAUGAAGUGUAUAAAAGGACAAUUCAGACAGUUGUUGCCAUUCUUACAGCCCUCAUGGCUAUAACUAAGGCUACCAGGUCUUCCAACAUCAUUCUUGUGAUGUCAAUUGGGGCACUUGGUCUUCUUAUUGGAUGGCUAAUAGAGUUCUCCACCCACAUUAGGUCACUUUCCUUUUCAACAGAAUUCUGUCUGAAUAUACCCACCAGAUGGCAAACAAUUAGGGGAUGGUUCAAUAAUUUAAUCAAGACACUUUGGAGAAGAUUUCGGUGGGGUUUUGUACUUGCGGGGUUUACUGCACUGACUAUGGCGGCCAUAAGCUGGAAACUGGAAAGCAGUGAAAGCUACUGGAUAUGGCACAGUUUAUGGCACGUCACUAUAUAUUCGUCUUCCUUCUUCUUCCUUUGUUCAAAAGUAGACACUGUAAAUAGUGAGAAUCAAAGACCUCCAGAUGGAAAUUAUGCAUUAACCCGACAGGAUUCAUUUCCCCGAGGUGAAUAGGAAGGGAACAGAGAUAUUUUGGCAAAAUUUAGCUCUCAACCUCUAAGAAAAUAAGCUGGUUGUCAAGGCCUAGAGGAAAAUUGGUUUUUUUUUCUUUUUUAGUAUAUCGGGAGAGUGGGGACUUGAACUUGACCCUGACAGGUGAGUGUUGUGUCUUCAGUUACUGUGCCAUGUCAGUCUAAGCAAGAAAAAUUAGUUGUUAAUGCUGAAUAAGACUUGUUCAGCAGACAAAGUAGCUCUUGCCAGAGUAAAAUGAAAGCAACAGCUAAAGCAGUCCGUUGCUAAUUAUUUCUGUUCUAUGUCCCCAUUUUUCAGUUGGCAAUUUUGUUUUAACAUUUAUGUAAAUUUUCUGUAAAGGCUUGGUAAAUUAGGUAAGAGGAUGGAUUGUAGUGUUACCUAUAAGUUUUAAAGGGGGAAUAGAGCGGGACGUGAUAAAGGUCAAGGUGCUUCGUUUGUGUACAGGUUACUUGUUUCAGUAUUGAUUAGAAUUUUAUUGUUUGUUUAAA